AUGACCAUCAAAUCUGCACAAGAGGCUCCAAUGAACCCGUUCCAGCAGUUGAUCACGGCGUGCGAGAACGACCCGAGACAACUCCGAGAUGCUUAUGAGAAGCAUCGAACAAACCGGAAUGCACAGUUCAAAGAACGACUCUUAAACCCAGCUUUCCGAGAAUGGCAGUUCGACGAGAUUCUGCACAACGUGCUUAAGGCCGAAAAGGGUCUGAUCGACUACACCGAUCCCAGACACAAUCUUGGGUUCUGGACUCGGCCGCCUCGCCAUAUUCAAGAGCUCGUCUCCGAUAUCCAGAGAGAGAUUGCAGCAGUAUCGGGGUCUUGCCUCUGGUUCAUGCCGCCGCAAAACCUGCACAUGACUACCCUUGAAAUGGUUUCGGCGAAGACGGCACCGGAUGUCGACGAAGUGGCUGCGUUUCUUCGGGCCAAUGCGCCCCUACAGGAAUUGGUGAACUACACCCUCACGCAUCGUGCUCGUCUUGGACGCCCGAUCGUCAGCUAUGAUGCCUCUGCCUUGGCCCUCAGUUUCCUUCCCAUCCUCGAAGAGACGGAGAAGACGGCCAACGCGGUCAAUGGCACCUACUCUUACCACCACCUGCGCAGUGACCUCUACGACCGGGUCACUCAAUCUGGGUGUCAGAUCGGGGCCCGGUAUAGUGUGCCCUCAGCACAUAUUACGAUUGCACGAUUCGUUGUGCCCAUUGGAUCUACGCAUGAGGAAGAGCUGGCCGUACUUGGUGAGAGGGUAGUCAAACUCGUUGAAAGACUCGAGGAUAUCAACCAGGAAUUGCGAUCCGACGAGUGGAAACGAUUUGGGAGCCCCUCGCGAGGCGAGUGGACUGUUGGGCAAGAGAGAGGACUAGAACUCAACAAAGGCGUGGCAUGGUAUGGAACAGGAGAAAAACUCCUGAUCGGCCAAGGCAUUCUAUAG